AAUCAUUUGAAACACAUUUCUUGUUGAGUAAAAGACAUCGAAAGGAAAUUAUUAAGAAAAUGUGCGAUAAUAUAAAGGAAGAGUUGGUUUCAGAGACUGACGAAUACAUCGACGAAUUAUUUAAUCCCACGGAAGACGUGAACAAAUUAAUCGAAUAUUUGGAUGCAAUUAAGAUCUCAGAUGCGGACGAUUCGGACAAAGAGGACAAUAAUAAUGAGGAUUUGAACGAAAACACAGAAUUGCAGAAAUACUUCAAGUCAUUGGAUAAAAUGUAUUUCAAGGAAAAGCUAACAGAGAAUAAAGUUUCAGUGGUUUUCUCAAACCGUUUGGUCAAGAAUUGGUCCCGAAUUGUAAAGCCUAAAGAGAUUUCACACGAAUUGAUGGAUAGAAACCGACGCUUAGAAUUACACGACCAUUUGGUCGACUCUAUGAUUAAGUCCUCACAAAUGAUCGAUCGGGCGAUUGCCAAAGAAAUGGAUAAAAAUAUAGACCAAAAUGCAGACCCAUAUGAAUGUGAAAGACAUGAGGAAAGUAAUGAUUGUGCGAAUGAUUUGCAUGAAAAUGACAAACAAAUUGAAAAGCCAUUCAAAAAGGAUGAUUACGUGAGUGAGAGAGCGAUGUCUGGGAGAGAACUGAGGGAUAAAAUGGACGAAAUCGAGAAAAUCUCUUUAGUCGACGACAUUCUCGAAGAAUUGGAUCCCAAACCAGAUAUCAAUGAAUUGUUUCGCGUUUUCGACGAAAGAUAUUUCGAGGGAAAGCUUCGCUCGAAUGACGUUCAGGUGAUGUGGAGUUACGCUAUGAACAGAAGCGCAGGAAUUACUUACCAUAAGUUUAAUGAUCGACCGAUUAUUAUCCGUUUGUCGUAUAAGAUCUUAAGGACUGCUCCGCGAAGACAUACCGUGGAAACACUUCUCCAUGAGAUGAUUCACGCGUGGAUUAACAUCCAUGACAUCAAUGAUGGAAAGGACGGACACGGAGUCGUGUUUCACAAGAAAAUGCAUGAAUUGAAUGCCAAAACCAAAACACAUAUCACUGUUGAGCACAACCUCUUGGUUCCCGACUAUAACCACAACAACUGAUUCAUUAGUCAUUCAAACGCUAUUCAAAUGUCGUUAAAUUUAAU